CCCCUGGUGAGCGCUUGCCGCAGACCGCUCGCAGGUCGCUGGCCGUGUACUCGCGUGUGUCUGCUGCACGCGCUCUGUACCGGUACCUACCCGCGAAUCGGUUUGUUGCGAAAACGCGUGCAUCUUCGCUACCCAGGCUCAUAAAAAAUAAGAGUUGUGGUGAGGGGAGGAGUGUGGUGUCUACUGGACAGUGGACAUAGAGCCCACGCCGCUGCUGUCGUCGCCGCCUCACCUCCCGCGCACCGCGUUCAUCAUCACCAUAGCACGUCAUGGCCUCCCCGACAUCGGGUACAUUGCCUCCUGCCCACGUCAAAAAGAGAACUGAGUGUAUACCGCGGUGAGCGAGGUGACUGAGUGGUAGUCGACUGUGAUACUAGUGUGUAGAACUGAGUGUACGUCGCGGUCCGUGAGCGAUAUUCAGUCAGCUGUGAUAAUAGUUUAGAGACUACCAUGGAACCCUACUCCAACGAGCUCCUGUGGCUCGUGAUCGUCUGCUUCGUCGUCGCCUUCGUCCUCGCGUGUGGCAUCGGCGCCAACGACGUCGCUAACAGCUUCGGCACCAGCGUCGGCUCCAAGGUGCUCACCGUGCGCCAGGCCUGCUGGCUCGCCACGGUCUUCGAGAUCGCGGGAUCCGUCCUCAUCGGGUACAAGGUGUCCGACACGAUGAGGAAGGGGAUCCUGCAGGUGUCUCUGUACGAGGGAGCAGAGAAGGAGCUGAUGAUUGGUCUGCUCUCCACUCUUGCGGGGAGUGGGAUCUGGUUGAUCCUUGCUACCUUCUUCAAACUCCCCAUCUCAGGCACUCACUCCAUCGUCGGUGCUACUGUUGGCUUCUCGUUGGUUUGUCGAGGAACACAGGGACUGGACUGGAUGACCCUAUCCACUAUUGUGGUAUCUUGGUUCAUAUCUCCUGUCCUCUCAGGCUUGGUUUCCGUCAUUUUGUUUCUUCUCAUACGACAUUUCAUUCUCCGGUCUCCUUCUCCCCUAGUACCUGGACUGCGCUCUCUGCCCCUUUUCUAUGGAGCCACCAUUGCCGUCAAUGCCUUCUCCAUCUGCCAUGAUGGUCCACAAUUACUUUUACUGGACAACCUCGCCUCGUGGGUGGCUGCGGUUAUUAGUGUGGUACUGGGGCUCGUCACAGCAGUGGUAGUGCAACUGGUAGUGGUGCCAUGGCAACGUGCCAAGAUCCUCGAAAUGAUGGGAUCAGGUACUAAGACAGACGUGCAGUUUACAUUUGGAUAUGAGACAGACUCCUCCCGUGAGCCUAGUCCUCGCUUGCCUCGUGUUGGUAUCGAAGGUGGAGGUGAUCGCGUUACGUUGCCAGCGAUCUGCAAGUCGGUCAAGGAGCCGACUCAACUCUAUACUUUUCCUGCCAGUGACACCACCACCAAGAACAAUGGCUACACUCUAGCCGAGACCCGCUUCAAUAAUCACCACGCCAGUAUUAUCACUGAAACAUCCAAUGGAGGGAAGCUGCCAACUGAUCCCACACUCCUAAGCAUUCCCACAAAUGGAACCAAUACUCCAGCUUUGGGUCUUUCACCCAAUAGCAGUGCUGUCCCACUCAUCAGGGAGAAAACUGCUGAACCACUCCUGGACACAGAAGCCAAAGUGACAGUUUCAGCAGAACAGGACGACCCUCCAGAAGUGUCUAGAAUAUUCUCCUUCCUACAGAUCUUGACAGCUACAUUUGGUUCAUUCGCCCAUGGAGGAAAUGAUGUUAGCAAUGCUAUUGGGCCACUGAUCGCGGUGUGGUUGGUGUAUACGGAAGGCUCAGUACAGCAGAAGGCCUCGACUCCAUGGUACAUCCUGCUGUAUGGCGGAGCUGGGAUAUCUAUCGGUCUGUGGCUAUGGGGCCGUCGGGUAAUCGAGACCAUUGGUGAGGAUCUCACCAAGAUCACUGCUUCCACAGGAUUCACCAUAGAGAUAGGGUCUGCCCUGACAGUGUUACUGGCCUCCAAGAUAGGGCUUCCCAUCUCCACAACUCACUGUAAGGUGGGCUCAGUCGUGUUUGUAGGCUGGGUCAACACUGCCUCAGGGGGUGUUGACUGGAAGCUUUUCCGCAACAUAAUCUAUGCAUGGCUGGUGACAGUGCCGAUUGCUGCGGGUCUCAGCGCUAUGUUCACAGCCGUCUUGCGUGCCCUUGUGCUCUGAACUUUCCGCUCAACAUCGCCCGUUCAAGAUCCUCCUCUGCUUGCAGACAAACUUUGGCCUAAAUUUUUGUAAACGUUUGUUAAACUCUUGGUACAUUACUGAACCAAGAGUGUUUACUUACAAUCAAAGAGCUUAAUGAUUUCUACAAUGUAAAACGCAAUAUUUUCUAACUAUUAAUAGUUAUUAAGUAGACAAGUCAUCUUGAGCGGACGACCAAAUGUGACUAGGUGCUUAAUUAUAGCUAGGAACUGAAAUGAUUAUUUUACUAUUUAGAUGUUAAGAGUUUGAAAUAAAUGUAAAAAAUCUCAAA